AUGCCCCUACCAUUUGCAGUGAGGACUAGGGGCCGACCUACAAGGUUUACUGAGGCACGGAAAGAGCCUACUACUCAGCCAGCUCCUACUUUAGAAUUUGAGUUCAGAGGUGCCAUCAUUAUGCUCACCCAACUGAUAACUGACCAGAGGGGUAACCAGAGUUCACCGGCUCCCAAUUCUAGCUCUCAAGAGCCAUCAGCUUUGGGGUUUGAUUUUGUUUCCUAUCAUCUCAAGGAUGUUUCUAAUGUCUGGUACAACCAGUGGGAAGAAAGUAGGGAGAUGAUCCCCAAUAUGAGAUCAAAGAUGAGGAAGUUUGUCUCCAGCUUGGGAAAACAUGUGAAGAAGGAGUGCAAAUCAUCACUACUUAUUUAUGACAUGGAUAUUUCUAGGUUGAUGGUGUAUGCUCAGCAAGUAGAGUAUGAUAAGAAGAGAGACAAGGAGAAGAACCUGAGCAAGAAGGCAAACUCAGCUGGGCAUGAGAAUACACAGAGGUAUGAUCAACAGGCUAGUGUGGCUCAAGGUUCGAAGGGAAAUAUGCCUUGUAACAAGAUCGGUAAGCUCUACUUGGAAGAGUGUAGAGAGGGGAAUAAUGGUGGUUAUAAAUAUGGCCAAGUGGUUUAUUUUCAAAGAGAGUGUCCAACCUGGGGAAACAAAUCCCAUUGCUCUACCACAGCACCCUUGGCUAGAGGUAAUCAAAGGGGCACUACUUCAGGUAUGGGCAGAGGUGUAAACCGUCAAUAUGCCAUAGGUAGUCGCCAGGAUCAGGAGAACACCCCUGACAUUGUGAAGGGUAAAACUAAUGUUAUUGCAGAUGCUCUUAGAAGGUUGUCUAUGGGUAGAACUACCCAUAUAGAGGAGGGAAAGAAAGCAUUGUCUAAAGAGGUGCAUAUAUUGGCUCGAUUGAGAGUUCAACUUGAGGAGAAUAAUGAAGGAGGAGUUAAUGUUCAGAAUGGGCCUACAUCAUCCUUUGUGGCAGAGGUUAAAGAGAGGCAAGAUCAAGAUCCUGUCCUUCUUCAGUUGAAGGAAUUUAUCCAUAAAUAG